UUUUCGGCCUAGUCCGGGAAGUACGCACUUCCCGGACUAGGCCGGGAAGAAUCACAUCGUUGUUGUCAUUGUGAAUAUGAAAAUCUUGGAAGGUAUGAUUUUGAUAAAUGCAGUUGAACAUUACCAUAGCAACGAAAUAACGACUGACAGCUAUCUGAAGUGAAAUUAGUUGACAUUUUAAUUUUCGAAAGUUUGCAUGGUUUUUGGUCGCAAUUGUCGCAAUAAACUAUGGAAAGCAACAGCGAUAGUGAGUUUGAAAAUGUGCCUUACGAAAUUUCCAAUGCAGCAGCUGCUGCUACAGCACAAUUAUUGCCUGAAAAAUCAAAGUCCAGGUACGAAAACGUUUAUGAUUUGUUCACGAGAUGGAUGGAUAUGAAGAAAUGCAAAACUAUUACAGAGGAUGUAAUUUUAGCUUACUUGGCGCAAAAAUCUGAAACUGUCAAAUCCUCUACCCUGUGGAGCAUGUACUCUAUGUUGAAAAGUACCAUUUUAGUGAAGAAAAAUGUAAACAUAGCCACUUUCCCAAAGGUAAUCGCAUUUCUUAAAAGGAAGAAUGUUGGUUAUAAAGCAAAGAAAUCAGAAGUCUUCAGCAGCGAGCAAAUCAACAAAUUCAUUAGAGAAGCAGAUAAUGAAACAUAUCUAAUGCUAAAGGUAGCAACAAUUAUUGGGUUAGCCGGUGCGUGUAGACGGGAAGAACUAACAAAAAUGUCAAUUGAUCUAAUAAACGACAAAGAAGAUAUGUUGCUCGUGAAAAUACCAGAUUCUAAAACACAUAUUGAGAGAAAUUUUGUUGUAAUUGGGCAAGAAAACCUGCUGUUGUAUAGGCAAUAUUUAUCUUUACGGCCAUCCCAUACUCCACAUAACAGAUUAUUCGUGAAUUACAAAAAAGGAAAAUGUUCGAUUCAGCCCGUUGGUAUCCACAGUUUUGGGAAUCUCGGAUUAAGAAUUGCAGAAUUUUUAAAUUUACCCAAUCCUAAAAAUUACACAGGCCAUAGCAUGCGUCGAACUUCAGCGACGAUAUUUGCUGAUAAUGGUGGAAACAUCACAAAUUUGAAGAGACACGGUGGCUGGAAGUCUACCAAUGUCGCUGAAGGAUAUAUAGACAAUUCACUAACAAACAAAAUUAAAAUUGCCAAGACCAUUCAAAAAUUAUCAGAUGAAAACAAUCAAUAUGAAACGGAAACUUUACCUUCUUGUUCUGACUACAAAAGGCAUUUAAAUAUACCAAGCAUUUCAAACAAAUUAAACCCUUUCAAUAUUAGCAAUUGCUCAAAUUUUACUAUAAAUCUUAAUAUAAAUAAGAAUUAGAAUGUUUCUGUUAGUACCUAUCUUCU